GAUGCUCGCCCAGUGGGUGCCCAAAGCACAGCGCACCGUUAUUUCCAGCAUGGUUUUCACGGGAUCCUUCACCGGAACAGUGAUAGCCAUGACGGCCACGGGAGUGAUGAGUGACUCGGAAUUCCUAGGGGGCUGGCAGUCUGCCUUCUACGUCUUUGGUUUCUCGGGUUGUGUCUGGUGCAUCGUCUGGUUCACUUACAUCCAAAACAAACCGACUGAACAUCCCGACUCACCUGGGUUUUCGGCCAGCAAGCUCUCCGGUGGGAACGUGAUUCCGUGGUGUGCCAUCCUCACUUCGCCGGCAGUAUGGUCCCUGACAGCGACUCAGUGGGCCCACACGUACGGGUCUUACACGCUGAUGACAGAGCUUCCCAACUACCUCAAGAACAUCCUCGGGUUUGGACUCACACAGAAUGGGCUCCUGAGCGGAGUGCCAUACCUCAUGCUGUCCGUGUUUUCACUUCUUGUCGGCUGGGCUGCAGACCUUGUCAGGCGACGCAACAUUGCCACGGCGACCACAAUAAGAAAAUUCUGCGAUUCUGUCUCGGCUUUUGGACCUGCGCUCUGCCUGAUGGCGGUGACGGCGACGCCGUGCGAGCGCACCCUGGCAGUCUUCUGGUUCUGGCUGGCGAUAGCUCUCAUCUCAUUCGCCAACUCGGGAUUCAACUGCACCCACGUCGACAUGGCGCCCGCGUUCGCAGAACAACGUGGACAACUGGAGGCUCGUCUUCUACAUAACGGCCACCGUUUACACACUCGGCGCCGUUCUGUUUAUAGCAUUCGGCUCGGCCGAACCUCAGGAGUGGGCCAACCAAGCCCACACGCCGAGGGAAGGCGAUACGUCUUCUUCCUACACUGUGUCGGGACUUCCAAUGGCGUCGCCCGACACCGUGACGGGAUGUCCGAUGGAAUCGUCUUACACCGCGUCGGGAUAUUCUACGUCGUCGACGAUGAACGUGCCCAUCUACGAGGUCUCACGAAAUUAUUCGGGACAAUAUUCAUCAAGGCCAGCGCAGUAGAUGUACGGCGUUACGAAGGCAAAAUGCGUACACUCUUAAUUUGUGUUCCACAUAUAGGUUGCACCAGUGGCGUAGCCAGGGGGGAGUUUUAUAAGGUUUCAACCCCCCCCCCCCCCCAACACACACACACACUUCCCUCCCUCCCUCACGGAAUCCAGCGGACCCUGUAAUAUACACAUGAAUUUUGAGCACCCCUUCCACUUUCCGCAC